AUGCAACUACCAACAGGGGCGACUGAACACAUAUUACAAAUCCAAGAUAAUCCAAAAAAAUGGGACCUGUCCAAACACUUUCUGUUUGAAACUGCAAACGAUGAAACCAUUAAUCUGGUUUAUUUUCAUUCUGAAGACGAAAAGGAACUCCUGAUCAUCAAAAAGGCUCUAGCAAGUCUGUUUUCUGUCAAAGUUCAACUUUCAACUAACAAAGAAUGGAAGUAUAAUACAACUGAAAAUGAUCAUUAUGGUGAGAUGAAGCAUGAAUACAAUGCUGCAAAAACGUCUUCUGGGAUGACUUUGAGGAGACACCACUACAGUACAGAGCGAGGACAACAAAGACAUGAGAAGGUUCUACAUUAUGACCACCGAGGAACCCUUCUUACCGCAACAGCACAUGACAGUGUCAUACUCAAAGAAGAACAGCCAUAUUACAAAGAAAGACAACCAGAGCCUGGCGAAUUUGUUCACAGAAUCGAUACAUCCGGAGAUUUCCCUGCCAUACACAUGUCUGCACAAGUCCAUGUAAAAUUGGAAGGCAAGAAAUACCACAGAAACCCAUUAGAAACAUUUGAUGGCCUCACACCUGGGACACUGCAAACUGAAGAGACGAAAGAAAUUAAACGGAUGAGUGAAGUAAAUGCUGAUAUACAGAACAACACGGAGUGUAUCCGUAACAUCUCUGAUGCCACUAAUGUAAAGCGCUUGUCAUGUGUCCAAAAUCUGCGACUGAUACUUCAAAGCCUGCACGAGGCAGACUACCACAAUCACGUGGAGUUCAUUCUCAAUCGAACCUGUGAUUCUCAAGACAUCAAGUGUCUCAAUAUACGACUGGUUUACAUUGACUUGGUAGCUCGAGCUGGUGACGUGACGUCUCAGGAGAUCAUUCUGAAGGACGUGUUGGACAUUCCAGAACCGGUGGAAGAUGAACUAAGACGGGUGUUUAUACACUGUAUUGUCAUCAUGCGACCCACAGAGAGUGCUCUGGCUUUAUUUGAGAGUGCCAUAUAUGAGAGAGACAAGUCUAUUCGUAAGAUGGCUUUAGAACAGUACAGAAAACAUCCCAAGAGCAAGGAAUUUACAAGAGCACACGGGGACGUCAUUUUGAGUCAAACAUACAACUACCCAAGUUUGGUACGGUACAAACGGAGUUUACUAGACAAAGUCUUAUUGAAUUUCGAUCUGCGGAUCCCAAGAGUGGAAUGGAAUAAAGUCAUUGGAUCUGAAGCUAUAGGAGCUAGUUUUGGCGUCAAAUUCGACAACCGGCUGCGAGCGUUCUUUCAUCAAGAUUGA